GCCAGCGUCGACCUGCAGGCGUACGUCCACGCGUCUCACGGAGAGGGCUACUGCGCUCGGAACCCGUCCAACGACCCGUGCCUCGGCUGGCAGGUGUUCGGCGAUGGCUGCACCGAUUGUGCAGCCACGUGUGCCCGCAGCAGUGGCAGGGCCAGUACGCCGGGACUGCUUCGUGCAAGUCGUGCUGGGAGGGAGAGGACUGCGGGUGGACUUGCCUGCGUCGACCUGCAGGCUUACGUCCACGCGUCUCACGGAGAGGGCUACUGCGCUCGGAACCCGUCCAACGACCCGUGCCUCGGCUGGCAGGUGUUCGGCGAUGGCUGCACCGAUUGUGCAGCCAGUGGCAUGAGGCAGCGUGUGCCCGCAGCAGUGGCAGGGCCAGUACGCCGGGACUGCCUCGUGCAAGUCGUGCUGGGAGGGAGAGGACUGCGGGUGGACUUGCGACCUGACGGACGGCACAAAGGCCGGCGUCGACCUGCAGGCGUACGUCCACGCGUCUCACGGAGAGGGCUACUGCGCUCGGAACCCGUCCAACGACCCGUGCCUCGGCUGGCAGGUGUUCGGCGAUGGCUGCACAGAUUGUUAGGAAGUCGGGUCGCCUCAACCCUCCUGCAUGCAAGCAGCUGGUCCAUCCGAGUAGAGCUGCUCUUAACGGGCCCAGGGGGGCGCGCCUCGUUCGUCGCGCCGACAGCGCGCGACGCCGUACAGCUUGUGUGA